CUUUUUAGAAAUCGGUGGUAAAUGCGGCGGCCAGCCGACGUCCAGAGUCAGUUGAUAGAAAGAUGCUGCGGCGCAACGUUCUCGCAGUGUUCACGUUUCUCCCAGUGAUUGCCGUGAACGGAAUGCCUCAAAAUGCUGAUAACAGUGGUCAAGCUUCGUCGGCUAAUCUGCCAUUAAUUCAGUUCACCAACGGUGGCAUCAGAUUAAAUUUUGCUGGCUACCACGCCGCAGCCGGGUUGGGCGGCCUCCUGGGUGGCUCCCAAACUGGUGGUGGACUACACGCGAGUGCCGGUACACCUUGGGGUGCCCACGCUGGUGCUGGGUUGGGUGGCUUGCUCGGCGGCGAUAAUGCGAAUGCUGGUGGUGGGCUCUACGCAAGAGCGGGUCUCGGGAACGGAAGACACGAGGCAGCGGCCGGAUUAGGCGGAAUGUUGGACGGAAGCGGAAGAUCUGCUAAUCCAAUUAGAGGAGGACUGUUUGCCACUACUGGACUUCGUGGAGUUGGUCUAUCAGCUGGGGAUGUUAGCGGUAUACCGAUACCAGUACCAUCCGCUCCCGAUGCACCGUUUGCUCCGAGUAACCAAAAGCCUGACGAACAUAUCGACAAAAAUAAACCAAACCCAGAAAAUCCAAAUAAUAAAGGACGCACUAAUAUUCAAAUAAUCUCUCGAUCGGAUAAGAAGCACAAAAAUAAGCUGGUUGGCGAAUCAUCGACCGAAAGUCCCAAGCCGGCGGAUCCACCAGCGAACAAAGAAAUUCGUGAAGUGAUACAAGCGGCGCCUGCGGCGGGUGCUGGAUUAUUCGGCGUUGUUUCCGUGGAACCUCAAGUACCGCCGGUGACACGAACGAUCCAAAAGGUGAAAGUAAUUAGCAGCGGUAUCGAACCAGUCCCUCCUGCUCCAUCUCUGCCUAGCGAGGCGAAUGAAGUUACGGAUAAUUUUCCUCGUCGAGUGAGAAUUGGUCGCCCUAUUAGGAAAAGGCUUUGGGGACCAAGGAAACAAAUUAUUUUUGAUUAUGGACCUGCAGUAGAGGCACAACCUACUGUUCAUUCGGCUCAGAAGCGUCAGGCCACGAACGAUGCUAGCAAUACACCUUCGCCAAACAACCCGGCGUCACAAACUAGCAAUACCAGUGGUUUCUUCGAUGACAUUUUCAACAUACCAAUUUCAACGCUAAACGCUGUUAACCAGUUAUUAACUAACAAUUCCGGAUAAUGAGAGGGUUAAACGCGCCUUUCAGUUUUAGCUCUUAACGGAUAUUUCUUUUACUGUUUUACAUAAUGCGAUAUCUUCGUGGUAAUGUACAUUAUGAUCCAUUAAGAGGAGUCUAAACAAUUUUUUGUAAAAUUGCACGAGAACUUUUAUAUUAAACAAUUAUAAAUGGA